GUUUCAGCUGAUGAACACUUGCAGAAUCAGUGAGAAGGCAAAGGAAAACAUGCCCAGGACAAUGUCGGUAACUCCUGGUAAUUUGUCACUCAAUGGGACGAGCUUCUUGACUGAGCAUCACAGCAUUACGGACAAACCCAGUGAGCAGAGAACUUGGAAUGUCUUUCUGUUCUGCCUGACUGUUGCCAUUGCACUCCCGGCCCUUCUGGGCAGCAUUUAUUCACUAGUUUCCCUGCUGAAACUGCAGACCAAAACCACGGUUUCCAUGAUUGUGACCUCUUUGGCAGCAGAUGAUCUGAUCAGCAUCGGGCCAGUGAUUAUUUUCAUGCUCAUGCAGUGGUCAAGAGAAGUCCUCCCCCAGCCUCUGUGCACCACCUCAGCGUUUUUGUAUUUAUUCCAGGGCAUUUCUAGCAACCUGAAAGGGUCUCUUAUAGUUUCUUACAACUUCUGCACCCUCAACACGACCGGGACGCUGAGCUGCAGCUCCUCCAAGCGCCGUGUGAGCGUGGUAUGGGCCAUCCUCACCAUCUGGACCGUCAGUCUGCUGCUGUGCUUUUUGCCUCUCUGUGGCUGGGGCAGGUACAUCCCCACGUCCUGGGGCUGCUUUGCCGACUGUGCCAGUUCCUACAUCCUGUUUGUGUUCGUGGUGUACUCGCUGUGCUUCUCCCUCCUGGCAGGGCUGGCCGUUCCCCUCACCCUGCAGCUGCUGUGCUCAGGUGAGCCCCAGCUGCUGCACACCGAGCACCUGCAGGGCUCUGGAGGCUGCAGCUCCCCCGGGACACGGUGGGGGGAUGGAGCUGCUGCCCCUCCGCUGCCACUGCUGGACCCUGGGGACAAAACCCGGGAGCCUUUCCACACCUCGGAGGCGGUUUUUGUGAAGGGUGUGGCUGAGAGCAGCACACAGAGCAGGAGCUCCACGGUGGGCUUGGCCCAGAAACGAUUCUCGCUGAUCCUGGCACUGACCAAAGUCCUUCUCUGGCUGCCAAUGAUGAUACAGAUGGCUGUCCAGUACAUCACUGGGCUGCAGAGCCUUUCUUUUGAGACACUGAGCUUCCUGCUGACCGUGCUGGCUGCUGCAGUCACCCCGGUGUUUGUCCUGUCCCAGCACUGGCUCCACCUGCCCUGUGGCUGCAUCAUCAACUGCAGGAGGGACUCCUAUUCAGUGGCUUCACAAGGGGCCAAAACCAAGCGCGGCGGGUUUGAGUUCAACCUGUCGUUCCAGCAAGGCUGUGGCAUCUACAGGAUAUCCCUGGAGAGCCCUCCCCAGGCCAGCAGGGAUGGAAAGCCCUCGUCCUGCCCCAGCCUGGUGAGCUCUGCCUGCGGGCAGCCGGGCAGGGGCAGGGACAGUGGCACCAGGGCAGUGACACACGGCCCCCGGGGCACCCCUGCUGCUGGCCCAGGGCCCUGCCAGGACCAGCAGGGCACCAGCACUGGCCCGUUCCCUGAAGGACCAGAGUGGAGGCUGUGCCACCAGGAGAGCCCCACACCCGAGCUCUCGGACUGGGAGUGGUGCCGGAGCAGGUCUGAGAGGAACCCUCGGCAGCGCUCGGGCGGGGCCCUGGCCGUGCCCCUGUGCGCCUUCCAGGGCACCGUGUCCCUGCAGGCUCCCAGCGGCAAAACGCUCUCCUUGUCCACCUACGAGGUGAGCUCCGAGGGCCAGAAGAUAACCCCCACGGCCAAGAAGAUCGAGGUGUACCGCUCCAAAAGCGUCGGCCACGAGCCGAGCCCCGGGGAGCCGGGCUUUGCGGACACGAGCGUGAAGAUUCACCUGGAGGUGCUGGAGAUCUGCGCCACCGAGGAGGCGCUGGACACCGUGUCCAUCAUCAGCAGCAUCAGCCAGUCCUCGGCGCACGCCCGCUCGCCCUCCCUGCGCUACUCCCGCAAGGAGAACCGCUUCGUGAGCUGCGAGCUGGGCGAAAGCGCCUCCUACUCGCUGCUCGUCCCGUCCAACAGCGACUUCAGCAUCUCCAUCCCGGACACCGUGGAGGCUCAUCGGCGCAACAGCCAGCAGCAGCACUCGGCCAGGGCGGGCUACCAGGAGGAGAUACAGCUGCUGAACAAAGCCUACCGAGAGCGGGAGGAGACGGGCAGCAGCUGAAACAGGGGUUUAAUCCACACGCCUCAACUGCUCCGGCAGACAGAGCUGCUGUCUGUCGGUUACCCGGGCAAAUACAGUAUCGGCUGGUUUUUUCCUAUCAUGCAAUUUUUAUUUAGGUGCACUGUUGAAUCAAUUCAAACUGUUAAUGCUCUAUCAAGGGGAUAACAAAUACUCAAGUGCUUUACAGCUGUCCAUAGUGGAUUUUAAGUUAUUUAUUUAUACACCUAUUUA